ACCUCUAAUGUGUCUCUUCUCCCCUCUAUAGACACAGCCGGGACCCUCAUCAGAUCAUGGAGUGAUUGGGACGGCCGGGACACGAUCAGUCACCAUGCAGCUCCUGUUCGCACUGAUCAUUAUCCGGGCCGUCAGCAGUCUCCAGGCUUCAGGCUCUGGACGGUUAAGGCUGGCCGUUCUGGCUGAGGACAGAUUGCAGAUGAAAUGGAAGGAGGCGGAGGGGACCAGCAACGUUUAUAAGGUGCUAGUGAAACCGCUGACGGGGGAUCCUGAACAGGAAGUGAUGUUGAAAACAAAGACAGCCAAGGCUACGGUGGGAGGCCUGGACCCCGUAAAGGAGUACGUCCUACAGAUACACGUCAUCCAAGGAGGGCAGAACACCUUAAUUGCCAAGAAGAAGUUCAUCAUUGAAGAUUUGAAGACCCAAGUCCGAAAUGACAAGAAAAAGGUGGACGUCACCCCAACACCGCGGGUCAUGGAGUCCUCCUCACCAGCAGAGGGCAGUAUUACAGUCACAGAGCGGAGAGAGGACAAGGAGCAGUUGGAUACCCCAAGCCCCAGAUCACAGGUGCCCGAAGGGCGAAAGCCUGGUCCCCAGAAUGCUACCCUGCUGCCUAGACCUACCCAGAAAAUUUCCUCCAAGUCAGAACGAGAGGUGUCAGUGACCCCCAGCACCCCACGGAGAGGGCCGGUGCACCAGUGUGACACAGCGCUGGAGUGGGACAUAAUUCUGCUGGUGGACAGUUCCUGGAGCGUGGGACGCGCCAACUUCAGACUGGUGAAGAACUUCCUGUGGGGGAUUCUCAGCCCCCUCCACAUCUCCAGGGACAAGAUUAGAGUCGGUCUGUCUCAGUACAGCGGGGAGCCACAGACUGAAUGGGAUCUGAACUCCUAUUCCACUAAAGCAGAAGUCCUGGAAGCCAUAAAAAGGGUGAAGUAUAAGGGAGGAAACACCUUUACCGGUAUGGCUCUCACGCACGUGCUGGAGGAGAAUCUACGAGCUGCCUCAGGGGCGCGCGCCCAGGUGGGCAAAGUGCUGGUCCUCUUAACGGACGGGAAGUCCCAGGAUGACGCCAUCACAGUGGCGCAGACCCUCAAAGAGGCCGGAAUAUACAUGUUUGCUAUAGGGGUGAAGAACGCAGACGAAUCGGAGCUGAGAGAGAUGGCGUCCCUGCCAACCGACCUGACUGUCCACAUGGUAGCCGACUUUCCCAUGCUCAGCCCUCUGGUGGGAGACGUGUCCCGGGCGCUGUGCAUGCGGCUGAAGGAGAGACGGAAGGAGGUGGACAUCGGGUCGCAGAAAGUCGCCAUGCCCGUCAGCGUAGACCCGCACCCCAGCCCCACCCAACUGGUGGUGUCCGAUGUCACGGCCAGGAGCAUGCGUGUGUCCUGGACCCCUCCUCAGCAGCCCGUCCGCAAGUACCGUAUUGUCUACUACCCGUCCCGUGGUGGCACGCCUCAAGAGGUGGUCUUAGAUGGAGAUUCAACCUCUGCCGUCCUGAAGAACUUGACGGCUCGCACCGAUUACCUGGUCUCUGUCUUUCCCAUCUACGUCAGUGGCGUGGGCUCCGGACUCCGAGGAAUCACCUCCACCUUGCCGCUUUCUGCUCCCCGUGAGCUCUCAGUGGUCCAAGUCACUGACACGUCCUUUGAGGUACAUUGGCAACCAUCGGAGGGCGCCUCCUACUAUAUGGUGACCUACUCAUGGGAGACUGGUCAUAAGGAGGAGGUGAAAGAGAUUAAAACGGGAGACACAAAAGUCCUGGUGUCUGGCUUGUCCCUGAAUACCACGUACAGCGUGACUGUGGUAGCUGCAGCGGGAGAAGAGACCAGUGACCCGGUCACCAUACAGCAGACCACAGAGCCAGUGCGGCACAGUCUGCGGUUCACCAAUGUCACCCACAGCAGCGUAACGUUGUACUGGGAGGUAGCGCCACCUAAUGGAACGAUCCAGCACAUCUCUUAUACAUCUGACGUGAGCAAUGCCAUUGCUAAAGAGGUGGAGAUCCCUGGUGGCACCACCUCUGUGACCCUGAAAUCCCUGACCUCUCAGACUCCAUAUACCAUUGCCCUGGCUAUCACAAACCGCAUGCUGAAGACUUUGUUCCUUCUGACGGGAAACGUUACAACAUUGAAGGUUCCGCCCCCAAGUGGAGUUAAAGUGGUAGACCUGUACGGCGACAAGGCCACGGUGUGGUGGGACCCGGGAGCUGAUGACGUCAUCUCUUAUUUGAUCAAAUGGAUUCCUCUGAGCGGAGGGAGGCUCAGUCAGCUGUCAGUCCCGGGAGGUGAACACAGUGCGGUCCUUGCCGACUUGGAGUACAGCACGGAGUACCAGGUGUCCAUCUCUGCCCGCUACGCGGAUGGCUCACAGAGCGAUGCUUCCUCCGCACGCUACAGGACAGUGAAGGUUCCGCCCCCAAGUGGAGUUAAAGUGGUAGACCUGUACGGCGACAAGGCCACGGUGUGGUGGGACCCGGGAGCUGAUGACGUCAUCUCUUAUUUGAUCAAAUGGAUUCCUCUGAGCGGAGGGAGGCUCAGUCAGCUGUCAGUCCCGGGAGGUGAACACAGUGCGGUCCUUGCCGACUUGGAGUACAGCACGGAGUACCAGGUGUCCAUCUCUGCCCGCUACGCGGAUGGCUCACAGAGCGAUGCUUCCUCCGCACGCUACAGGACAGGAGACAAUCCCCGGAAGAUGCCCGCGGGCCGCGGAGGCUUUGGACCCGUCCGGACAGAUGGGACGUGUCCAUUAAUUAAGGCCAAAGACAGAGAAGACGAGUUUCCUGGCUAUGACAUGAUGGUGGUCUUCGGACUUCAUGAAAAGCUCUACUCCUCCAUCAAUGGGGUCUCCAUUGACGCCUUCGUCUUGGGGAGAUCAAGGAUCUAUACGGUGGCAGAGAACGCCCAGCUGACCAUCUGGACCAGAGAAGUCCACCCUCAUGGGCUCCUCCAGGAACACGGGCUCAGCUUCCUCUUUCGCCUGCCUGCCAACGCCGCCCAGGAACCGUUCGCCUUGUGGCAGCUGACGGAUGAAGAUUUCCAGCCGGUUGUCGGGAUCAUCCUGGAUCCCAAUCAGCAGUCGUUGACCUAUUUCAGCCCCGAGCUUGAGGGAAGCUUGCAGGAGGUGACCUUCGAUGAGGAAGAAGUGAAGAAGAUUUUCUAUGGGAGUUUCCACAAGUUGCAAGUUGCAGUGUCUAAAACAAAAAUUCGGCUCUAUGUGGACUGUCAGCUGGUGACGGAGAAGGUGGUAAAGCCUAUGGGAAAGGUGACCACAUUAGGAUUUGAGAUGUUGGGGAAACUGACCAGGACCAGGGGCCCGAGGAGCGGCUCUUCAGCGGGAGCAUUUUCAGAAGGAGGCCACCGGUGCGCGUAUUUCGGUAACUUGCACACAGGCAGCCCACGAAGGGUUAACCGGCAUCGGUUUCGAGGCCGUGCCUGCGGAAAUUCCUUCCUCGCUCUGAGAGAUGAGAACACAUGCCCUGCCCCCACCUCCGCCUGUACCUGCACCUCCGAUGUGCCGGGACCACCCGGCCCUCCUGGAUUUCCGGGGCCACCAGGACCUCGAGGGUCCAAAGGAGAGCAGGGCGAGCCAGGACAAGUGGGAGAACAAGGCGUGUCCGGACAGGUGGGUCCAGAAGGUUCCAGCGGAUACACGGGCUCCCCUGGCCUCCGCGGGAUGACGAUGACUGGCCCCACGGGACCCCCGGGGCUGAAGGGUGAGAAGGGCGACAUUGGAAGUCCAGGACUGCAGGGUUUUCCGGGUCUGGAUGGGAAGGCAGGAAAGGACGGGACGAUGGGACCUAAGGGUGUACGAGGAUUGGAGGGAAAUACAGGCCUCCCCGGCCCCCCUGGACCCCGGGGGAUUCAAGGGGUCCAAGGACUAACUGGAAGUCCUGGAGAUAGAGGAUCUGUUGGAGAAGUUGGGCCCACGGGUCUUCCCGGCACUCGAGGUGAGAAAGGCGAGAAGGGGGAACCUCAAUCUGUCUCCACCAUCUACCACUUGGUGAAUCAGGUGUGUGAGAGGCUCAUACAGGCUCACCUGAUAAAAUUGGAGUCAGUCUUGCGGGAGAAAGAGGCACAGCCUGUCCCUAUCUGGGAUUUGGAAUUAAAACCAGGAGAACCUGGACCUCCAGGACCUCAGGGGCUACCAGGAGAGCAGGGAGAACCUGGAGUUAAUGGAGCAUUUGGACAACCAGGCCAGAAUGGAUACCCAGGGAAGCAAGGAUCCAAAGGAUAUCAAGGAGAGAGAGGUGCUCCAGGAAAAGCUAAAGAAGGCCCAACAGGACCUCCCGGAGUGAUAGGUUUUCCAGGAAAGGAAGUCAUUGGAAAUCCAGGGUCUGUGGGCUUUCCUGGGCAACCCGGCCACCCUGGAAAUCCAGGAAUCCCUGGACAUUAUGGACCUCCGGGGGUAGAAGGUGGCUGUGACUCCUCUUCCUCUUACAUCAGGUGCUGAAGAACUGCAUCUUAUCCCCUGAACGCUUCCAGCUAAACCACACAAUGUACGAAUCCGGCGGAGCAUGUCUCUGGCAAUGUCACAAGCCGCUUUUCACUAACAGUGCAGCUGGGUGCAUCAAGAACAUUGUGCGGCUUUGA